ACUCACUCCUUCAACAGUCAUACUUGAACCUCCAGGAACCACAGAUCACACCAUGGCUGCUGUUGCCUCUUCCACUCACCUCCACCUCCAUCUCAACCAUCUCAUCAUCAACCAUGACAAACAACCACCCACAAACAACAACAACAACAGCAACAAACUCAGUAGCACCAGCAAGCACCACCCAGAACCAACUCAAGCAACCGACCAAGCAAACACUAGAACAACUACAAACCCCAGGACUCAACCCAGUCAGCAACAACUCGGCAAGCUGUGGGAACAGGCACUCCAACAGCCCAUCAAGUUCAUCAAAUCCUCAAACCAACUCAAUCUCACUCAGAUACCCUACCAACCCAUCAACCAACCUCAACCAGCUACUCAGCCAACUCGCCCCUCCAACUCAGCCAACACGAACCCUACCACCACCAGCAACCAAUCCAAUCUCACUAGCUCAUCAGCAUCAUCAUUAUCCGAAAAGAUCAGUCCCAACUCAAAUCCAAUCACCCAAUCAACGAGCUCCCGACUAUCCCAAUCGAACUCGUCUGCCUCCUCACAAGUUGCAACCUAUUGGAUUAGACCCCAGCCUAUCGGACCCGGCUUUUAUAAUACCGGCAAUACUUGCUUCCUAAAUGCUACUCUCCAAGCCUUGGUUCAUACGCCCGCACUGGCCAUCGGUCUCAUGGACAGAGAUGAACAUUCUCCAGAGUCAUGCGAUUUGGCUCGCGCCAAGAAGUUUUGUGCGCUUUGCCGAAUGUAUAGACUCGUUAACAUGUGCUUCGAUAAAGCUUCAUAUGGGUCUCAUGCAAUCGAACCUUCACCUAUCAACAGAGCUCUCUCGAAGUUUGCUCCUACUAUGAGGGGCGGUCGCCAAGAAGAUGCACACGAGUUUUUGAGAUUGCUAGUUGAAGCGAUGCAGAAUGGUGCUCUACAAGGUCGGGCCGAAAAGGCCAAACAAAAGCAGAAAGAAUCCACUUUUGUUCAUCGGAUGUUUGGCGGAAAGCUGAGAUCAAGAGUCGUCUGUGAGCAUUGUAAUACACCAAGCGAUACGUUCGAUAACUUUUUAGACCUGAGCCUCGACAUCUCUCAAGCCAACAGUGUAUCGUCAGCUCUGAAAGCUUACCACAAAUUUGAUCGUCUGAGAGGUGCAAACCAGUACAAAUGCGACAAAUGCAAGUGUUUACGCGAUGCCAAGAAGUCCAUGUCCGUUUUCUCCGCCCCUCCGAUCCUCACCCUACACUUGAAGCGGUUCAACUUCCGAGGCCGAAAGAUCAACAAACGAGUGAAUUUUGAGGACUCGCUGGAUUUGAAGCCAGCGAUGAGUAACGAAUCUGAUAUCACCGGUUACAAGCUCUACGCCGUCGUUUGUCAUCGCGGCCAAUCUAAUAAGAGUGGGCACUACUAUGCACACGUCAAGGCUUCCAAUGGGAAGUGGUAUGUUGCGGAUGAUUCGACCGUCGAGUCGAUUUCUGACUCGAGAACAGUCCUGGCAAACGAACAUGCAUAUAUUCUGUUUUACGCUCGCGAUCGAGAGAGCUUGCUAUCUGCUGCAAUCGCUGGCAAUCGUCAGUCAACAUCGACGACAACAAACUCGGAUGGUGGCAAUCGCGGGUCAUUCACCAAGAGGAAGCCUUCGAUUUCCGAUGAUAGACAUUCCCAAGUCAACGGAGUAGCUGAAAAGACUGGCAAACAUUCAAAUCGAACCGAGAAUGGACAUAAACGCGUAAGGACAGGAUCGAUUAACAGCCAAGAGUCACCCGCCAAGUCAUUCAUCGGCCCAGUCAUCCCUCGACAAUCAUUGCCAUCCUUCAAGUUCAAGGACACCCAUCAAGAUGGCUCGGAUAGUACACGAGGAUCACCAGCCAAGGCCAAGCAAAAUCCGGAACAGGAUGCUCAUCAAUCCGGAAGGAGCUCCCUUACCAGAUCACCCUCCUCGCACUCCAACUCAAACCACAACUCGAACGAUCAGCAGGACCAGCUUUCCGAUGAUCAAGUCGAGCAACCAAUGAACCAGAUGAAGAAGAAGAAACGCAACCGUAAACCGAAAUCGAAACGUCGCAAAAUAGUUAAUAUCGCCGGAACCCCAGUCAACCAGGUCCCGAGCUUCAAACCUCGUCUGAUCACUGGUUAAGGGCUGAUGGCCUUCACUCUGCUUUGUUUCCUUAACUUCUAUUGGUUACCGGUGUUGAGAUUCCUACAUCGCCAUCUCUCUCAUAAUUCAUCAAUACCUAAAUAUUAUAUACGUCGAGAGUUGCUCAGCCUUGUUUAUGUACAUACAUAUAAUGUCUAUUUUGCUUCUUUUUUGCGCAUUGUGAUCUGUCUUUUUUUCCUGCCAUGACGGAGUAGGGCAAGGGCUGUCUUCUGAAAAACACGGAUCCAGAUUGGGAUCAUUAUCAUGAGCAUA